CAAGAAAAUAGAACAUCACUCAUCGUCGAGAAGGAAAAAGUUGAAUUUCUAGCGCGCACAAUCACAACAAGCAUACAUUACUACCAUGAAAUGAAAUGGCGGCAGUUGCCGCCGCAGUUGCCGGGUCGCGGGACGUCGGACCGUCACCUUCGAGUGCUCGAGGACGCAGUUUAUGCAGUCCUCGAGGCGUGAGAGCGGAUGCGGAAGGGGAAAAGGACAAAGAUCAUGUGGUAUACCUCAGUCCGAUGUCGAAAGAUCUAGACAAUGGUGGAAAUAGCUUUGCGGAAAGUAGCUUCAGUUAUGAAAGAUGUAGUUAUACUAGAAUACAGACCUCCGUGGACGUGGUUCCCUUUGUUCUUGGCUUUGCACUCAGCAGUCACUUGCAACUUUACACGAAGGUGUAGCUAAAUCAAGUGGACGAAGCAGACGAAGGUGUAGCUAAAUCAAGUGGACACUCACUAGUACUUUUUCUUAGUCGCUUUUCAGGCUACUCUUCUCUAAAGCUCCGGUUCCGCCGUUACCGGAAGCGCCGGUGGCCCAGGGGACGGGAGGGGUCGAAAUCUGUUGUUUCCAGCAGGAACGGGUGCCAGGAUAACCUCGAGUCUCUUCAUCGGAGGCUCGUCUGGAUCCACGUCACAGAAUGGAGGACGUAGCAUGUCUCGCAGUAAGUCUCCUUCGACCUCAGCGAAGUACGAUCCGAACAGGUUUUUGAACGCCUACAAUCGCAGUACUAGUAACGUCUCGGAGCUGAGCAACCAAAACCAUCAGGGGUCGCCUUCGAUACUGGAUUUGAGCAAACAUCAGGGGUCGCCGUUGACGAGUGUGUCGCGGAAUGCUUCACCGAAAGUCCGGUCUGUGCGGCAGAUCAUGCGCUUUUGCGGCAGAGAGCAAUCCAAAACGAGUAGUUCGAUGUCGUGGGACUUUCCCGCGUCACCGAGAAAUGCGAAGACAUGCUGUUUGUUCGACUGCACGAAGGCGAAGGUAAGUACUUAAUGAUAAUCAUUGACGUGAUCAACACUAAAAUUAAUGGUUAAUAUACAUCCUCGGAAUCAAGCCAGGUGCCGGGGGGCUUUGAUGUGCAGGAUUCACAACCUAGCCUAACCUUAUCAAUCAUUGACGUGAUCAACACUAAAAUUUAUAGUUGUUCCUGAUAAUGAUACUCUUAAUCAACAUUCUGUUUGUGGUGUGUGACCCUCUGCGGAUUCAUUCUUUCAUCACUAUACAUCCUCGGAAUCAAGCCAGGUGCCGGGGGGCUUUGAUGUGCAGGAUUCACAACCUAACCUAACCUUAUCAGCAUCGUGUUUGUGGUGUGUGUGACCCUCUGUGGAUUCAUCCACUCUUCACAAUCAUUGAGUCAGACCCUGUCGCCUCUCCGGGUGUUAGGAACGACACUAUCAGGGGCAUACGCAUCAACAUUGUGGUGACCCUCUGUCAUCCACUGAUCACAAUCAUUGUUGAUGGGUACUUCUUCAGGCAAGCUAUUCGGAUUGAUAACAUUACCCAUGAUCAUUGAAGCUGUGAAACUAUCCCUGCUGAAAACUACGACGAGGUAAUCGAAUUCAUCACUGGUCGCAUUGGUGGCGAACUGGAACCGCGAACAAUCGACCUCAAAGCCUUGGCAGAGAAAAACGGAUAUGAAUCAUGGGAGCAGGUGAGCGUCCAAGAUCAAGCGUUGUUGAUUCAUCAAGCGUUGAGCAGUAACCUUGCGUUCCUGAUAGAUCCGACUGCGGGUUACAUUAAGGAUCCCCGCAUUGCAUUGCUUCACAGGAGUCGAGGAUCUUGGGAUUCCUGAUGCAAUCCAUGUUUCGGUUUGAUGCAAUCCGAUUCGGGUUAUUACAUUGACGAUGAUGCAUCUCUGUUUACACAUCUCACAUUGACGAUAAUGCAUCUCUGUUUACACAUCUCUCUCAUCCUUGACAGUAACUAUCCACCAGCACUAAAUCUCUAUGACACGUCUCUACCCAAUGCUGUGAUCACCACUAGAUAUCUCUCUCAUCCUUGACUACUAUCCACUACCAGCACUAUCCUUGAGAUCUACAUCUCUAUGAUCCUAUCUACAUCUCUCUAUACACCACCAGCACUAUCCUAUCUACAUCUCUAUGAUCCUCGACUCGUCGAUCCAAUGCUGUGCGGACCGCUAGAUCCCAUCUAAUAACAUGCGAAUAUGGGAUUUAGUGGUGAUGGCAGCGUUGCUCUUCACCUGCAUCGUCACGCCGUUCGAAGUCGGGUUCAUCUUGCCGUUGAGCGGCGGGUCGUGCUUAUGCUUUUUUUCUAGUUCAUCUCUAUUAGUUACAGUGAUACUAUACAACUAGUUUAUAAUAGGUUUCUUUGAAGAUUGUCAGGAAAGGUUUAGGAGGUUUCAGUUCUAUUACAGUGAUAAGUAGUACUUAGGUUUAGGUUUCAGUUCUAUUACAGUGAUAAGUACCUAGGUUUCUUUGAUUGUAAGUAGCUAAGCUAAACAGUGGAGUCAUCUGUUGCGCGGACUGCAAGAUGAGGCACUGAGACCACUGUAGACGGCUAGUAUUCCUCAGUAGCAAGAAAGACGAGCAGCUGUGACUUGUUUCUAACAGGCGGCAUAACCGCUUUAGCGGUAUGCAACCGGUGUGUGGAUGGCAUAUUUUUGAAGGACAUGAUCAUGCAGUUUUUCCUCAAAGUAGAGCAAAAAUCAAGACGAGGGACGGUUUUACUGCGCGAUCAAAGGCUUAUCAUCCGGAAGUACUUGACGGGAUGGUUCAUCAUCGACUUCCUGUCGAUCAUACCAUAUGACUUGAUCACGUGCUGGUCGGGGGAGGUAAUAUACAAAUAUUGUUUAUUUAUAAGGUUCUUCUUCUUGUAAAAAUUCGUAGUAAUAUCCUAUCGUUUUUUUUUUCAAAUUACUAAAGCAUGAUCAUCUUCAUCAACAUCGUUGUAGAAGUGUGUUUACACAAUGAACCAUCAACACUUGUUCUACAAUGAAACACUUCUUCAAUCUACCACGAUCUUCAUCAUCCUGAACGACCCCACGGCAUGAUCAUCAUCCUGAAUCAUGCUGAACCACGGACCACAUCAGUCUCUCGGCACUUUCCGCAUCUUCCGGUUACUUCGACUAAUGAAGCUUGCGAGGAUAUUCAGGGCCUCUAGGCUUUUCAAGAGAUGGCAGGAUCAUAUUUCUCUCACGUUUGCCUCUAUUGCGUUGAUGAAGUUCGGCCUAGGGAUUUUGCUCUUGUCGCAUUGGGUCGCUUGCUUGUGUUAUGGCUUCGAGGAACUCGUGUUUUGGUCUUUGAAACAAUUGGAACUUUACUUAAUAACGUCGACAUUCAUUGGUCACUGAUGCUGAAAGAAAAGGGCCCUUUACCCCUCUAGUUGUUCUCCCUGUGUUUUCCCCUGUUCUCUGAAGGGAUCCCCUUCGAUCUCAGUGACCAACAACCUCAGUGACCAGUGAAAGCUGGGCCUUAAUUUACGCACACAAUUCUAAUUAUCGGGACUAACGGGCCUAGAGUUUACCGGGAGACCGACGAAUUGUUUCGGAGAUGGUCCAGGCGGAACAAAUCCAGAUAGGGAUAGAUGUAUCUUGUUUACCAUUCACUCAGACGCGAUGUAUCUACUUGUUUACCAUAAUUCACUCAGGAGACGCAUUUUGUCACAUUGGUGCUACCUCCCUAGAAUCAACCUGAUUAUGAGGGAAGUCGUAGGACAAUUCCGAACCGACUAACAUCAUCAUCGUGAAGAAUUACGCCUGUUCUUGGUUGUAAGAAACAAGCACACGACUUUGAUCAGUCACCACCAAACUGCAUCCACAGUCAACGAUUGGGACGGCUCUUCAUGGGUUAGGAGUACGUUCGUGCCAGGAAACAACCCAGACGAUGCUCGUAGUUAUCAUAAGGACGACCCGUGUGAUGAAUUCGUCGUUUUCUUGAUAGCUUUGCAUUGGUCGGUGAUGACUAUUACGAGCAUUGGAUAUGGGGAUAUCACGCCAACGCAGUGGCAAGAGUACUUGCUUUUUUUUUGUACUUGUUUUCAGUCAACAGCUCGUCGUGGAAUCUACCUUGGCUUGUGACUGAUACAGUCAUUUGUUUUCUAUCCACCUGGAGCUUUAAUGAGUCAAUCUCUAAUGCCUGAGGACCGAAAUCAGUUAACCACACCUUACCACCUGACCUCCCACCUCCCGCUUUCCUCAAGUAACGGAAACGAGGUAUCUCAUCUGCGUGCUCGUGAUGUUCAUCGCUUCUUUUUCCUGGGCCUACGUCAUGGGUAAUGCUUGCAGCGUGAUUAUGAAUAUGAAUCCGGUCCGAGUGGAGUUUGAACAGGCCAUGGACCAGUUGAAUAGCAUGAUUUAAGGGUAGGGUAAAGGUGCUUUUGUUCCCGCUUUUUAUGCCUUUCCUAAGGGAGAAAGGCAGAAAAAGCGGGGUCCACGAGCACCAAGACCCUACCUCUAAAUGAUGAAGGAGAACGACGUUCCACCAGCUUUGCAGAGAAAGUUGAGGGAAAAUAUGCGAGAAGCGCAGAAUUUGCACAGAUUGUUGCGGAGCAGGGAACUGUCGAAAGACAUGGCACCAUCAAUAAAGUGCGAGCUUAUUAUGCACACUAGCUCGCAGUGGAUCAAGGACGUGUCGUUCUUGAGGGGAUGUAUUAUUUCCUAUGAGUUUUAGUUUGUGUUUCCACAACCUAAAACCUAACCUUAUUUUGGUCAAUCAUUAUAGUUUUUACGUUAUUGAACUAUCUAGGAGGAGGCAAAUUGCACUCAAUGACGAUGGACAUUUCUUUCUACUUGCCGCCAAAUGCCGUAUAAACUUAAGUACCCCAAGAACUUGAUACGUUGACAGGUAGUCCCCAGUUUAUGAUGGAACUCGUUGACGGUUUUGACGUGCUGAUGUUUGCGCGGAAGGAGAAGAUCAAUAUGCCAUAUGUGCGGCUUUGCGUAGUAGAGCGAGGUGCUGUUGGUCGUGCGGGGAAAGUGCUAGUUCCCGGAUCGGUUUGGGGUGAAGACGUCAUCUUAGCCGACCGAAGAUUGCAGCAAGUGGCGCAUACCACGGCAUUGACGUUCGUGCAAUUGCUCUCCCUCGGCAAGGAGCAACUCGACAGCAUCUUACGUGGCUACCCAAGAGAACGACGGCAAAUACGGAAGAUCGCAUGCAAAUUAGCUCUUAGAAGAGCGGCGGUUUUAGUGGCACAAAUGAGUAAGAAGAAGACAAGUUUGGGUCAGAUGGCGACCGAGGGACCACGGCUUUUGCGAAUAUUUGAUUCUGGAGUGCCUCCUGACUCAGGCGAAAAAGUCAGGUCAAAAGGAGGAGCAAGGGUUACGCAAAUAACCUGCUUUGAGGACUUGGUAUUUUUGAUGUUUGACUGUAGAAAUAUGCAAAACUACGAGUUUUCAAAAACCUUUCUUUUCUUCUGAUUAUAGCCUAGUGUGUGGUCGUCACGAGGGUAGAAGUACGUGAACAUCGUCUACUUCAAACACAUUUACACAAACACCAAUGCUCUUACAGAUCCUCUACUUCAAACACAGUUACACAAACACCAAUGCUCAUACAGAUCCUCUACUUCAAACACAGUUACACAAACACCAACGCAUACACAGAUCCGUCUCUUCAGCCAGAAAGAGCUCGAGAGUGCCACUCAGAGGGACCCUUGUGCUUUUCGUCGAUUUUCUGGAGACGCCAUGGAACACAGAAUAAGGGAUGACAUUGGCGUUUUGCAGGAUCAAAUCAGGGAGAUUAGCCGGAGAUUGGACGGAGCAGGGACGAUGGUUACGAAAGAAGACGAAGAUGUUUUUUGACUACUGGUGUUCGUUCUCCUCUCCUGUAAUUUACUAGAUUUCUAACCUCCCCUCCAGUGCCGAGUCGAAAGAGCCCCGUGCAGGAGUCGCAGUGGACCAGAUAAAUUUCACGACAGAUGAUCCAAUGCUGCCCUCGCUUGGAAGCUCGUUUCAUCAUAGCAACGUGCCCCCUGAACAUGAUGUAGGACAUGAUGUAGGUGAGGAUGAUACUGCUGCACCACAGAUAACACGACAGCAAAUGGCUCAGCCUGGAUAUUCUGAUCCUAGUUCACUACGGGAUAGAAUACAAUAUGGGAAGAUCCAGGCACAACAACAACAGCAUCAUGUUGUAGAGCAAGACGCUGUCGUGAAAGCAUUGAAUAGAAGCAAUAAAAGCGGCAGCAGUCGUGGUGGGUCCAAACAAGGUGGAUGGUCUAGUAGUCGAAGUAGUGGAGAGCAGUUGAGGGACCGCAGUGUGGGGUCGUCACCUACACAUCGGGUAGCGAGCACGCCGAAUCCGAAGAGGGAAGACAGCAAAACUACAGGGACACAACCUGCGGCUGUGGUCAAGGUGCCCUCAAAAAACGAAUUGUUUCCACCGGAAGACUGAUUUGAUGUUGAGGGGAAACAGAUGGCCUAGAGCAAUGUGUCCGAUUUAGAAGAAGACGAUAGCGUAAGAACUUCUGAUAUUUCUUCAUUUGAGUUUCUGAUUUUCAUGCAACCAAUGAACCUAUGUAUUGCCGAUAGAAGUACCAGUGAAGGUAUAUUGCAGUACACAUGUUAUUUCCAUGUUGACGUGCAUGCUCGCACAUUCUCGUUUAUAGUCAACAAUGAACAAAAGAACACUUAUAUAUGAUGCAGGGACGCACAGCCCCCCUCCCCCCCUGUGGGUGGCCCUGCGGUGGCGCUUGCGCGCACUUUUCCGCUCGGUUUUUUGCGGAGUCUCGGGGUAAGACGCAGGGACGCACCGCCCCCCUCCCCCCCUGUGGAUGGCCCUGCGGUGGCGCUUGCGCUCACUUUUCCGCUCGGUUUCUUGCGGAUUCUCGGGGUAAGACGCGUCAAAUAUUGGAGCUGGGGCCCCCUUGUGCCUCUCUGAAUGUACCCUACAGGCGUCGCGUCCUCUGCCGGCCCUAGCAGGGAGGUGGUCGCCGGGGUAGAAGGCCGCCGAAGGCGGCCACGGUCUCGAGGCCUGGUCCCUUUUGCUGGGUUGCGUUCAUCAAAUGCGCGGUGAGGGCCAGCAGGCUGAACACCAAGGGCCAGGAGGGUCCGGGAAAGUCGGGACGGUUGCCCGGCUGGGUUCUGUUGGGUACAGGCCACACGGCUAAGGGGGCCAAGCCUUGCUCUCUUUGCUGCCUUCGGGGGCCUUCCUCCCCGGCACACUGCCGCGGAGAGGGGCCAGCACAUCGUAAGCGUGUCGGGUACAUGCAGACAUCCCCCUUGACUCCCUUUUGAGGCCUUCCACCCCCCAGAGACUAGGCCAAAAGGGGUCCGGGGCUCCCCGCCCCCCCGCCUUCCGGGGGGGGCGUGACUCUGGACCCGGGGACAUAUAUAAACAUUCACAUUUUGCAGAUUAGUUUUAGUACUCAAGCAAUCAACUAGAUGUUGAACAAGAAGAGUGAUACACUCAUAAGAAUGAACGUUUAUGCUUCUUCUGUCACUGUGUCAAUUAGUGGUGAACGGUUGAAAACGGUCGAAAUUGAAAUUUUAAGUUUUCUAGACGCGAAUGAAAGGGAAAUUCGUUGUUUAGUUAAAUCGAACUGGUUUUGUCGAAGAGCAUGAGCAUUAGAUAGAGUAUGCAAAGACAUUGGACAGAAUCAUCAUGUAUGUUGAUUGCAAAAUUAUAGUGUCCAUUUUUUCAUCAGAACUACAUGUCUGAACAAUAUCAAAUAUUUUGGUACUUUUAGUUUUGUGCAUAGUCCUUUUCAAAAUACUCAUCCAAGGAAGUGUAACUAAAUAGUCUGAUUUCUAUCGUGACUGUCAAGAACAACAUAAGAAUGCAUGGAGAUUAUAGAAUGCAAGCAGGAACAAGCUAUGAUCUUGUGACCAAGCGGCCCCUGCGUGGCUCCUUAUGGUGGUUUUAAUGUCUAAACAACGGAUUUGCAUCUUCGAAACAAAACUCAUUGCUGUGCAAGGUGGGUAAUAGUCUU